ACGUCGGCACACCUCCCGGAAGUCGGCGCGCACCGAGCGGCGGGUGAAGCCGGUUCCUGAGCGGGAACCGCCGCGUCGCCGCCGCCCGCGGGGCGCCGCGCCCUGAGCGCUGCUGUCCUUGUCGCCUGUCUGCCAGUCCCGGUCGCUAUGGAGGCGCCGCCCGCGGCCCGCGUUCCCACCGACGGCGCACCGACGGCAGCGGUGACCGAGGUGCGCUGCCCCGGCACGGCGCCGCUGCGUCUGCUCGAGUGGAGGGUGGCAGCGGGCGCGGCCGUGCGCAUCGGCUCGGUGCUGGCAGUGUAUGAGGCCGCCACCUCCGCGCAGCCCGCCGGACCCACCCCUCCCCGUGCCGCCUCCGGGGGCUGCGUGCGCUCCGCGCUGGCCGAACGCAGGCUCAGAUCGGAACGCGCCGGCGUGGUGCGAGAACUGUGCGCACAGCCGGGCCAGGUGGUGGCCCCCGGAGCACUUCUGGUGAGACUGGAAGGAUGUAGCCACCCAGUGGUCAUGAAGGGCCUUUGUGCUGAAUGUGGCCAAGAUUUAACCCAGCUGCAGAAUAAGAAUGGGAAGCAGCAUAUGCCACUGUCCACAGCGACUGUGUCCAUGGUCCACAGUGUGCCCGAGUUAAUGGUGAGCUCUGAGCAAGCUGAAAAACUGGGAAGGGAAGAUCAGCAACGUCUACAUCGAAACAGAAAACUAGUCCUCAUGGUUGACUUGGACCAGACCCUAAUCCACACGACAGAGCAGCACUGUCCACAGAUGUCAAACAAAGGCAUCUUUCACUUCCAACUGGGCCGGGGUGAACCGAUGCUGCAUACCCGACUGCGUCCGCACUGCAAGGACUUCUUGGAGAAGAUUGCCAAACUGUACGAGCUACAUGUCUUCACUUUUGGUAGCCGGCUGUAUGCACACACCAUUGCAGGCUUUUUAGAUCCUGAAAAGAAGCUUUUUUCUCAUCGAAUAUUAUCAAGAGAUGAGUGUAUUGACCCAUUUUCUAAAACAGGAAACCUUAGAAAUCUCUUUCCUUGUGGAGACUCAAUGGUUUGCAUUAUUGAUGACCGAGAGGAUGUCUGGAAGUUUGCCCCCAACCUUAUAACUGUGAAGAAGUACGUGUACUUCCCAGGCACGGGUGAUGUGAAUGCACCUUCCGGGUCCCGGGAGUCUCAGCUGAGAAAGAAAGUAAACCAUUCUUCUAAAAGUGCCGAUGUCUUGGAACAAGUUCCAUCUACAAAAGACCCUGAGGAAGGCAGACACAUUCCUGGGGUAGAGCAGAACAAUGGCCUUGGGAAGCCCACCCGGGAGCUGAAUGGUGGCGAAGCUGUGCUGGGGGCUCCUGGUAAGGCAGACGAGAGGAACUCCUGGCCCGCUGCCCGGGCCCCCUCGUCCAUCAGCCCUGGCAGCUGUGAACUGGCAGACGCUCCUGAACCCCAGGCAUCUUGUGAACAGGGUGGUGAGACCUCACCAGGGGCACAGCCCCCUCAGGGAACCUCUGGUGCAGAUUUGGAUUUUGACUUGUCCAGCGACAGUGAGAGCAGUGAGUCAGAAGGUCAGAAGUCCUCCUCUCCCUCCGAUGGAGAAAAUGAGGAAAAGAGAGGCCAGAGAAAGACUCCAGCCACUCACGACAGAGCAAGAACACCACAGCAGGGAGGUGCUGCUGACGGGGGUGGGGGAAAACUGGCAGCAGCUGGGUCCCCGGGGGAGUCUGGAGUUGGAGUCUCUGCACAGGACAAAGGGCCAGAGCUGGACAUCCAGGAGGAGAGUGAGCGGGAUGGCCUCUGUGGCCUGGGCAACGGCUGUGUGGACAAGAAGGAGGCUGAGACGGAGUCACAGAACAGCGAGCAGUCAGGCAUCACUGCAGGCGAGUCCUUGGACCAGAGUGUAGAGGAGGAGGAGGAAGAGGACACAGAUGAUGAUGACCACCUGAUACACCUUGAGGAGAUCCUGGUGCGUGUUCACACUGAUUAUUACACAAAAUAUGAUAGAUACCUCAACAAGGAGCUUGAAGAAGCCCCAGAUAUACGGAAGAUAGUUCCUGAACUGAAGAGUAAGGUGCUAGCAGAUGUGACUUUGAUAUUCAGUGGCCUACACCCAACGAACUUCCCAGUAGAGAAGACUCGGGAGCAUUACCAUGCCACAGCCCUAGGUGCCAAGGUCCUGACACAGCUGGUAUUGAGCCCUGAUGCCCCUGACAGGGCCACCCAUCUGAUCGCAGCACGGGCCGGCACAGAGAAGGUGCGCCAGGCGCAGGAGUGCAAGCAUCUGCAUGUAGUCAGCCCUGACUGGCUGUGGAGCUGCCUUGAGCGCUGGGACAAGGUGGAGGAACAGCUCUUCCCCCUCAUAGACGACGACUCUCGGCCACACAGGGAGAACAGCCCAGCAACUUUUCCUGACAGGCAGAGUGUGAUUCCAGCAACCCUGUUCCACCCAAUGCCCAUCCAUCCCAAGGUCCAGCCUGGUCCUGAGGUCCGAAUCUACGAUUCCUACACUGGGAAGCUCAUCAGAAUGGGUGCACAGGGCCCUGUGCAGGGGCCCCCCAGUCUGCCCAUCCACAGAGAGCCCACCUCCUUCAGAGCUGUUCUGCCACAUCAGCAGCAGAUGUUUGGUGAAGAGCUCCCUGAUGCUCGAGAUGGAGAGCAGCCUGGCCCUGCCAGAAGAAAGCGCCAGCCCAGUAUGUCAGAGACAAUGCCGCUGUACACUCUUUGUAAGGAAGACUUAGAAAGUAUGGACAAAGAGGUUGACGACAUCCUUGGAGAAGGCAGCGAUGACAGCGACAGUGAGAAAAAGAAGCCAGAAGAACAGGACGAUGAUCAGGAAAGGGCAUCUCAGCCCAGAAAGCCCAAGGCACCAGCGGCUCACAGAGAACAACCUCUUGGAUCAUCCUCAUCCAGCGAGAGGAGUGCUGCAGGCAACCGUGGUGCCAGAGGCCACAAGAGAAAGCUGAAUGACGAGGAUGCGGCCAGUGAGUCCAGCAAGGAGUCCAGCAAUGAGGACGAGGAGGGCAGCAGCUCUGAGGCGGAUGAGAUGGCAGCAGCCCUGGAGGCGGAGCUGAACGACUUCAUGUGAACUGGGCCGUUUGCAUGCGGCGUGCCUGUCCUCAGUCCCUUUGCUCACAGACUUGUGUUUUGCAGAACUCCACGUACAGAAACACAUUAUUUUGCAGAAACAGGUGUUUUUAAGAGGUUUUACUAUAGGAAAGUCUACUUUUUUAAGGACAGAGCAUUACAGAAAUUGGUGUGCUAUGCCAAAGAGCUCAACAGAGCCUCGCGUGUAGUUGAGACUGGAUUUUUGUGGUUUCUUGUCACAUAGUAAAGGUUUUUCCCUUGGGAAGGAGUGGGUCCCUUUAAAUACCACAGUAUAUACCUUAGGGAGAAGACUCUGGGAGAGCCCAGAAGACGUAGAGAAUGACACAGCAAGAACCUGCAUCUUUUUCACAGCUGAAGCUGAAGAGUUUUGAAGGACUUUUAAAUGAAACAACAGUGUACAUGAGUGCAGAACAGCAAGGAGCUACAGACAGCCUGCAAGCCACCAGCUGAGCCCAGCUCCCUCGGGCCCUCAGCUGACCUGGGCCUCCAGCCGGGUCUUCCCUGAAGCCUGGGCUGCGUGCAGCCGCGUCCUCCUGCCACAGCGGCUGCGGUGGGACGAGGGGCUUCCCUUUUGGAUGGCCUUAUACUUGAGAGAUCUGCUGUAAAAUUUUUGUAUAUCUAUUUCAUAUUUGACCCAUAAAACAGAUUCUUCUUCCAUUUAAUAAAAGUCCCUUUUGUAUGUUC